AUGGUCGACGAACUCGAGUUCAACUUGCCGAGCUUCAAAGUGCUGGCUCAUGUCGCGUGUACGGUCGUUGCAGUACUCGGCGGGGUCUCGGUGCUUGUCUUCCUCGAGCUGCGAAUGAUCGACAGAGCGCACCUAAGGAACCCAGAAAUAGUCGACUAUGCCACCGGCGCGGCCAGCUGGGGCGCCGUCUCAACCUCGUCCGUUCUCGUUGGCGCUGGGCUCAGCGUGAGGGGCUGCGCGGGCGGUCCAGUGGUCCAGGCGGCGCUUCUGGCAUUUGGAGGCGGGGCGCUGCUGGAGGCUGCCAGCGUCGAGAUCUUCUCGCACUUGCUGCACGAGGCGGCAGAUGUGAGCGAGUAUGGCAUCGCGGGCGCCUUCGCCGGCAUCAUCCUCUUCACCUUACUGCACGCGUUGCUGCGCUGCAAUCAGCGGGCGGAUUCGGAAUCCGCGCGGCAUUUAGACAGACAGUCGGCGGGCAGCCCAGAGAGCCCUGGGCACUCGGGACAUGGCAGUGCCGAUAUGCCUAAGCGGUCCACGCUCAGCAUCAUUCGCACCGCCUCGACCAACUCACUCGCGGGCCUCAUCGGCACGCGGGCUCCGGUCGCCGCCCCGUCUUCGGUUGCUCUCUGGUGCGGCAGCGUGCUGCACGCCAUCCCCGAGGCGCUCGUGCUCGGCAUCAUGUACAACGACCGCGCGCGAGAGAGCGACUACACUCCGGAGUCGAGUCUGGGUACCGGGAGCAACCGUCUCGUGGCCUUCGCCGCCGCGCUGCUCCUCUCCAAGCUGCCCGAGGCCCUCGUCGCGUCCGAGGCGCUUCAGCAGCGAGGGCACGGCGGGACGCGCGUGAUAGGCAUGUGGAGCGGCCUGGUCGCCAUCUCGGCCGCCUGCAGUUUUUUCAUCUCCCUCGCCUUCGACCCCGCUCGCGCAAAGCCGAGGGCGGCGCACGCGGCGCAAGCUGCUGUCGAGGGCGUUUGCGGUGGGAUGCUGGGCGCGAGGGUCCUGAACAGCAUCCUCCCCGAGGCGAGCCAGAAGGCGGGCGGGCCCGCCGGCUCCCUCAUAGGCGUGGCGGGCAUGCUCGGCUUCGUCGCGGUGCUCUGCGCCUCUGCAGCGUCCUCCUCCCGGUAG